AUGGCGCCGUUGCCGGGGAUGGAAUUCUUUGAUAAAAUAAUGGAUCCACCUCCACCUAAUGAGCAAGCUUAUCAUGGUCAUAUACCAUACAUAAGAAAUCCCUACUACCCUUCACAACCCCAACCUUCAUACUCACACCCUCAAUAUUAUCAUAACUACCAUUUCCCUUACCCACCUUCUUUCCAUUACUCACCACCUCCUCCACCAACUUACUAUCAUGAACAAGCAUACGUAACACAACAUUUUCAACCCCAGAGAUAUCCUACUUCCGAGAUACUUCCUCAUUACCCUCAGAUGCAUUUCGACAAGCCAAAACAUCAAAAUUCUGAAAUUUUUGCGAGCUGUGAUCCUACCACGAGAUCCACACGCCCUCUUUCACCCGGAAGCCACCAAACCACCCUCGAGCAAUGCCUAAAUGAUUUCAUCCGAGAAACGAGGGAGGAGAAUGCCAGACUUAAAGAGACCAUUACUAAAGAGAUGCUCGGAGAAAUCCAAGAACUACGCCACGAGACACUUUCACCGCUUCAAACGGUUGAAAGCACCUUCGCAAAAAUCAUGGAAAUGAUCCAAUCUCAAGGAGAAACAGAUGUAAAUACCGUAACACUGAGAAGCGGGAGAGCACUUCCAGACGUUGUUCCACCUCCUCCGCAACCUGCCCCAACAAAAGAGUCAAAAGUGGACAACGAAGAGACCACCAAUUCAACACAAGCCAAGCAAACAAUUGAAGAAGAACUCAGGAAGGAAGAAAUGCAACCGCAACCUUCUCGGAAAGGAAAAGAAAUCAUGCAAGAACCACCGCCGGUGCCGAAAGCAAAACUCCCGUUCCCUUAA